GAAACUCAGUCUGUACUAAAAGAAGAAAAAGACAGCAACAAUGCUAGUAGAGAAAAAUUGUAUGAUGAACAGUCAGAGAAUAAAGAUCAGUUAGAGAAAGUCAAUGAGGAACAAUCGGAGAAUAAAGAUCAGUUGGAAGAAGUCAAUGAGGAUGAGGAAGAUUUUGGGAGAUUGUCAGAGGAUGAGAUUGAAGCUUGUAAUUUACUUAAAAAAAUUCCAGCCGCUCUUAAAAAUCUAGCAUUAGAUAUCAAAAAAAAAAACAUAAAUAGUGAGGUUUGGGUUUGUCUUAAUAGCAUUCGUUUUUAUCUUCAGCUUGUUAAAAAUAAUCAUCAAAAAAUAGAAACAAGUAAAAUCAUUGCAGAUGCAGCAGGAAAAGGGUGUAUCAUGCUAGGUGCAUUCGUUCUUGGGCGCAUGAAUAUGUUAUGCUUUCUUUGGGAUAAAGAUAUUCUUCUUCAAAUAAAAUCAUAUAUUCAAGAAAAUAAGUGGAAUAUUACACCAUAUAUGAUCAUGUCGCAAAUGAAUAAGGUUCUUUUACCAGGGCUCGGAUUUGCACCACCUCCAACAAUUUCUCUCAAUACUGCUAAAAAUUAUUUAAAGGAGCUUGGGUACGUCUAUGAAAGAGUAAAAAAAAGUGUUUAUAUAGAUGGACAUGAGAGAGAAGAUGUAGUAGCUUAUCGGGAGAUAUUUUUGCAGCGAAUAAGUGAACUUGAAUAUAGAAUGCCUAUAUUUUCAGGAGAUAAAAUAGAACUUUCUAGAGAAGCCUGUGUCAUUACAUACCCUGGCAAAAAUGGAGAUGGAUGGUGGAAGUCUGAGGACUUGAUUAACCAGAUAAUCAACUGCGCUAUUCCCAUAUUCGAAGCAUGUUUUCUAGGAUACCAAGCCUUGUUCGCAUUUGACAAUGCAACAAGCCAUGCUAUUUUUUCACCUGAUGCACUUAUCACCAACUAUAUGAACCUUGGUCUUGCUGGAAAACAAGAGAAACUACGUAGCACAUCAUAUUUUCGUGAGGGAAUAAGAUAUGACCAGGAUAUGAUUUUUUCAUCAGACUAUCGUAUUUCUGAGUUACAUGAAGAAGCUAAAGGAUUAAGAGAAGUUUUAAGAAAGAGAGGAUUGUGGCCAGAAAAAGGAUUAAAAUUAAAAGAAACACAAGAAUUAAUGAGUUAA